AUGCCAUGUGAAGGCUGCCUGGAGAGGGACAAUAAGAGCACUGAUGCAACCAUGGAGUUCCUCCUGCUCGGCUUCUCUGAGCUGCUCUGUCUGCGAGUCCUCCUCUUCCUUAUCUUUCUCAUUGUCCAUUUGGUCACACUGGCAGGGAAUCUGAUGAUCUUCACGGCAGUAGUUAUGCAGACUUCCCGUCCUCCCAUGCUUUCCUUCCUCUGUCUGCUCUCUGCCAUUGAGCUCUGCUAUACCUUAGUCAUUGUCCCAAAGACACUCCUCGGCCUGAUAGUGGUGGAGGGCAGCACCAUUUCUUUCAUAGGCUGUGCUGCACAAAUGCACCUUUUUGUGGCACUCGGUGGGGCUGAAUGCUUCCUCCUAGUAGCCAUGUCGUACGACCGGUACAUUGCCAUCUGCCAACCACUUCACUACGUGGCUGUGAUGAGUGAGGGCUUCUGCCUCAGGCUGGCUGUGGCAUGCUGUCUGGGAAGCUUUGCCAUCGCCCUGGGGUUGACAGUGGCUAUUUUCCGCUUACCUUUCUGUCGGUCUCAUCGUAUCAACCACUUCUUCUGCGAUGUCUCUGCUGUGCUGCACCUCACCUGUACGCAGGGUUACUCCCCUGAGCUGCCCUUGCUGGCUGCCUGUGUGCUCCUCCUGCUGUUCCCCUUUCUCCUUAUCCUGACCUCUUAUGUUUGUAUUGCUUCUGCUUUGUUACACAUCACCUCCUCCAUGGGAAGGGGCAAGGCCUUUUCCACUUGCAUUACGCACUUGGCCAUCACCUUGCUACACUAUGGAUCUGCCACCUUCAUGUAUAUUCGUCCUAAGUCCAGUUACUCACCAGCUCAAGACAAGAUGGUGUCUCUGGUCUACACCAACAUCACUCCAUUACUGUAUCCCCUCAUUUACAGCCUAAGGAACAAAGAAAUCAAGAGGGUCCUCAGGAAAAUGUUCAGGAGGAAGAAAAUAGCUCAGCUGAACUCUGAUUCUAUCACAGCUGUUAUAUGCAUAUGUGGUGAAUUUUAG